GAAUUAUAUGAUAAUAAUAAUAAUAAUAUUAAUAUGGAAAUUGAAUCAAAUGAAUCAAUUCCAGAUGAUUUAAAUUCUGAACAACAACAACAACAACAAAAUAAUAGCGGUAAUAAUAGUCGUGAUAAGAAUGGUCUUUAUUCAUUGAAAAAAUUUCCCGGUUAUUUUCGUCGUGAACGUAUGCCUGAUGGUUCACCUGGUCAUCAAUAUGUUUGUUUAAAAUGUUUUGAUGGACCAACAUAUGCAACAAAAUCACAAGCAUCAAUGAUUCGUCAUAUUUGGCAACAUAAACCACAAAAUUUUCAUUGUCAAAUUUGUUCAUUUCCAUGUGAAAAUGAAUUUGCAUUAUAUAAACAUAAGAAAAAAGAACAUCCAGAAUCAACUAGUCAACAUAAUCGUACAAAAUCAUCAUCAUCAUCAAAUCGUAAUACAGUAUCAUCAAAAUCAAUAAAUCAUAAACCACCACCAUCAUCAUCAUCAUCAUCAUCAUCACCGUUAAUGGAUAAUAUUAUUCAACAACAACAUCAACAUUCUUCAUCAUGGAUAAAUCUUGAUGAACAGAUUAAUCCAAUUUCAUUGGUCAAACAUAUUAUGAAUAAUGAUGAUGAUGACCACGACGAUGACCACGAUGAUGACGACGACGACGAAGAUGAUCAGAAUCUUGCCAACAUUAAUUCAUCAUUAAUGAUCAAUCAAAAUCAACAACAAUCACACACCAACAAACAAGCAAAAACAUCAAGAAGAAAUCUUCAAUUUAAAACAUAUAAAUAUAAUCAAUCACCAUCAUCAUUACAAAUCGAUAAUGAUGAUGAUGAUUAUGAUGACGAUGAUGAUGAAGAAGAAAUUUAAUUUAAUCUAAUUUAAUUAUUCGUAUUUGUAAAUAUUUGUUACAUCACACAUUUAAUUUAACUAUUUUUGUUUCAAUUCAAAAAAAUCAUUCACCAAUAAUGUGCCUUAAUAAUUU